AAUAUUUUAAUUCCAAAAUGGCAGCCCCCCUGUUCGCAUAUUCUCUUGCAAACUGUUAAAAGUGUGUGAUGGCACGGAGUCAUUUUGAAAGAUAACGGUAUCAGAAAAAAACAUCCUUUACCUAUUUAGAAUUAUAUUGUAACUUGAUACUAACUUAAGAUAAUGGACAUUGAAAUGCAGCAUGUGUUAAUCAAUCCAGUCGACUCGGCAGACACUGGACAGCAAAAGUGUCGACUCGGAUUACAUCUCAUAGAGCAGCUGUCAAGCACUGUCGGAUCUUAUGUUCGUAUAGGCAUCAAGGAGAAGGACUAUAUCUGCAGCAUGUGGCCCCAUAGCGUCUGCCCAGACAAUAACACUAUUCAGUAUGAUGGUUGUGUAUUUGUCCAACGAAAUGAUCAAAGUCCAAAAUCAUUACAUGAACCAAAAAACUUAAAUCAUAAUUUAGUGUGCAGAAUACAACCACUGCUUAUUUCAGAUGCAGUGUGUGCAAGUGUGACAGUAAUUGUCAAAAGCAUGGAGAAGUAUUGUGAGUGGAAGACAUUUCCUGCUGUACAGAAGACUUUAAAAAAUUACUGCCUCAAUUGUUUGAGGAAAAAAUGUGUAAUCAAAGGUUGUACUGUUGAUUUAAGGACUACAAGAUUGGCGAAGGUGUAUGGAAUUGUUUAUAUGUGUGUGAACUCCCUGUCCACAAAGCAUGACACAGAUGGUGGGGUUGUUCGUGAACUUACUGACAUCAUAAUAGACAGUGUUCAGAGUGAGGAGAGAUAUUCGUUGUCACAUCAGUCAAACAGAUUUGAAAUGGGUGGAGUAAGUAAAGUUGCUGGAAGCUUGCAAGACUUGUUACACCUUCCUUUGAAAUGUUCAUCUGAUUUCAAACAUCUCGGACUUCCUCUUCCCAAGGGAAUUCUUCUUCGAGGGCCACCAGGAUGUGGGAAGACAUCUCUUGUUCGCAGUCUUGCACAAAAAUCUCAAGCUGCACUCGUAACAAUAAAUGGCCCAGAAAUAUUAAGUCCACAUCCUGGGGAGAGCGAAGAGAAUGUGAGGGGUGUUUUUCAGAAGGCUGUAAGGAUGAGUCAAGAAGGGCCUUGCAUUCUCUUCAUUGAUGAGAUAGACUCUUUGUGUCCAAAACGCGGUAAGUCCAGUGGGUCUAAUGAUUCUCGUGUGACCAGUGCAGUAAUGUCAUCCAUGGAUGCCCUGGUGGACAAAGAAGGUCUGGUCAUCAUUGGGGCAACUAACAGACCUGCUGCACUUGAUCCAGCUGUUCGGAGACCGGGGAGGUUUGACAGAGAGAUCCUCAUGAAUGUUCCCAACAGAGAACAGAGAAGGGAGAUUCUUGCUGUCCAUUCUGCCCGUCUGCCGCUAGCUGGAGACAUUGACCUUGACCUUUUGUCUGAUGUUACUAAUGGCUACGUUGGGGCAGAUCUGGCAUCACUGUGUAACGAAGCAUCUUACAUAGCCAUGGCACAAGCUGGGUCACACGGACAUCAGGGAAUACCUGGUGUGGAGAUGUGCCACUUUCAAUCAGCACUACGGAAAGUGAUACCCUCUCUGCAGAAGGGAUCGGAGGGCAUCGUUGACCUACGACCUGUACAGUGGGAUGACAUUGGUGGACUGGAGAAAGUGAAAGCUCAGAUCAAACAGGCAGUAGAAUGGCCCCUGCUGUACCCAGAAGCCUUCACUAGGAUGGGCCUCCCUGCUCCACGGGGAGUGCUGCUGUAUGGGCCCCCGGGGUGCUGCAAGACCACUCUAGUGAGGGCAGCGGCUACUGCAACACAUUCUGCAUUUGUGUCCCUCAGUGGAGCUCAGCUGUUCUCACCUUUUGUAGGAGACUCUGAGAGGAUGGUGACAGAGGUGUUCCAAAAGUCUCGAGUCAUGGCACCUACAAUAUUAUUCCUGGAUGAGAUUGACUCUAUUGUUGGGAAGAGGUCAGAGGGCGGGUCCCAUCGAGGGGUACAAGAGCGAGUCCUGUCAACUCUUCUCAACGAGAUGGAUGGUAUUGGGAUCCGUCUGGACGACAAGACCGACAGUACCACGUCACUCAAGGAAGCAGAGGGAGAACUGAGCCCAGAGAAGGAUAACAUGCACCAGAAGCAGAAAGUGAAUAACAACAAGGUGCUGAUGGUAGCUGCUACAAACCGGCCAGAUCUGGUUGAUGAAGCUAUUCUUAGACCAGGGAGAAUUGACAGAAUCAUCUAUGUCCCUCCUCCAGAUGAGCCGACUCGCCAUGAGAUUCUCAAAGUGCUUACUCGGACGAAGCCUUUAGACAAUGUGGACCUCAGUAUCCUAUCUGCAAAAACUGACUUCUACACAGGGGCAGACCUGGAGAACAUCUGCAAGGAGGCUGCCAUGCUUGCCUUGACAGAAGACAUGGAUGCAGAGAAGGUGAAAAUGAAGGACUUCAUCAGGUCAUUAGAAAUUGUGAAACCUUCCCUCAACCAGCAGCUAGUGGACAGGUACAGAACACUGGGGGGCCGAUACAGAACCAGCUGACAUCCUGGAGAAAUAAACUGAUGACACUGUCAA